GAGUGAUGAUUGGUGAUCUGAUGAUCAAUCUGGAUGUUAGUUCUCAUGCCUCAGGACAUCUGGGAACACCACACCAGCUCCUGGGAUCAGACUUUCAUCCACUUAAUACUCCUCUUUGCCUGAACUACUAAAGGCAGUCUUAGCUAACCACAAAUGGCUACGCAAAGGAAACACUUGGUGAAAGAUUUCAAUCCUUACAUUACCUGCUAUAUCUGUAAAGGGUAUCUGAUCAAGCCAACUACAGUGACGGAAUGCCUCCAUACCUUCUGUAAGACUUGUAUUGUCCAGCACUUUGAAGAUAGCAAUGAUUGUCCAAGGUGUGGCAACCAAGUUCAUGAGACAAAUCCAUUAGAAAUGUUAAGGUUGGAUAAUACAUUAGAGGAAAUUAUAUUUAAACUGGUCCCUGGACUACGAGAACAAGAACUUGAGCGUGAAUCUGAAUUUUGGAAGAAAAAUAAACCUCAAGAAAAUGGACAAGAUGAUAUGGCAAAAACUGACAAACCUAAAGUAGAUGAAGAAGGUGAUGAAAAUCAAGAUGAUAAAGACUAUCACAGAAGUGACCCACAAAUUGCUAUAUGUCUAGAUUGUUUACGAAAUAAUGGACAAUCAGGGGACAAUGUAGUAAAGGUGAGGGGACAAGUACAGUUGUAUUUUUUGAUCAUUUUAUAGAAAGUCCUUGAUACUUUGUUGACAAAUUUUCUGAUACUUUAAA